CAGAUUAUACACCUCCUGACUGCUCUGGCUGGACUCGGCCAAUGACACACUUCUCAACGCGGUUUUGUUAUUCUGUCAGAAAACGAGGCAGGAUUUGACAGAAGAAAACUAAAAUGUAAGAUUUGUAGCGUUUAGAAAAGUUUUGGACUACGAGGCGUGGACGCACCUUCAGCAUGUUUCCAAGUCGAGUGAGAGCGCGGCGCUAGAAGAAACGGAUAAAUCUUACACAUUUGGGUGUUUUUUGUAAUUUGUGGGACUUGAACUGCUAUUGAUGCAAAAGCUCUCAAAGACAUGGCAACUCCUGCGCAUCAUCCGGAGACCAGGAAAUUUACGCGUGGUUUGGGCAAGCCUGGAACAGCGGCGGAACUCAGGCAAAGCGUCUCGGAGGUGGUGAGGACAUCCGUGCUUGUAGUGAAGCCGAAAGUGAUCGAGCCCCUGGACUAUGAGAAUGUGCUGGUGCAGAGGAAGACCCAGAUCCUCAGUGAUGUCCUUCGAGACAUGCUGCAGUUUCCCCUGGAGGACUUCGAAAUCUCCACUUUGAGACGGCAAGGAAGAACAGUUUUUUCAACAGUGCCUGAGAACGCAGAGAGAGAAGCUCAAAGUCUGUUUGUUCAAGAGUGCAUUAAGACCUACAAGUCCGACUGGCACAUUGUGAACUACAAGUAUGAGGACUAUUCGAGUGACUUCAGACAGCUGCCUGUCAAAGUGUCCCGGCCUGACAAACUGGCUGUCCAUGUCUUUGAGGUGGACGAGGAUGUUGACAAAGAUGAGGAUACAGCCUCCUUAGGAUCACAAAAGGGAGGAAUCACCAAACAUGGCUGGCUUUACAAAGGCAAUAUGAACAGUGCCAUCAGCGUUACUAUGAGGUCCUUCAAGCGGCGGUAUUUCCACCUAACACAGCUGGGAGAUGGCUCCUAUAACCUCAACUUUUACAAGGAUGAGAAAAUCUCUAAAGAGCCCAAAGGAACCAUAUUUCUGGACUCCUGUAUGGGUGUAAUCCAGAAUACCAAAGUCCGGAGAUUUGCCUUUGAGCUGAAGAUGCAGGAUAAGAGCACGUACCUGUUGGCGGCGGACAGUGAGGGGGAGAUGGAAGAGUGGAUCAACACCCUCAACAAAAUCCUCCACAGCAGUUUUGAGAUGGCAAUGCAGGAGAAGAGGAACGGAGAAGUCCAUGAUGAUGAUGAUCUUGGCAAGUCUGACAGUUCCUCUGGCAGUAUGGACAGCUUUCAGAGUUCCAGAGAUAUUGAAACUAGGCUGCGGAACGAGACCCGGUUAAAGCUGUUCACACUGGAUCCAGACACGCAGAAACUAGAUUUUUCAGGAAUCGAGCCGGACGUGAAGCAGUUUGAGGAGAAGUUUGGCAAACGUGUGCUGGUGAACUGCAAUGACCUCUCCUUUAAUCUGCAAAGCUGUGUCGCCGAGACCGAGGAGGGACCCACAACCAAUGUGGAGCCUUUCUACAUCACCCUGUCCCUGUUUGACAUCCAAAAUGGCCGAAAGAUCUCUUCAGACUUCCAUGUAGACUUGAAUCACCCAUCUGUCAGAGGAAUGUUACCCAGUAACACCAGUCAGUACAUCAACGGAGGAGGAGACAUCCACACUGAGGUCCGACUUGUCCAUGGAGUGCCAGAAACGGUCAUGCAGUAUCCCAGACAGGGAGUCUUUUCAGUAACAUGCCCACAUCCAGACAUCUUCUUAGUGGCAAGAAUAGAAAAAGUUCUUCAAGGGAGCAUCAAUCACUGCGCUGAACCCUACAUGAAAAAUUCAGACUCUACAAAGGUGGCACAGAAGGUUUUGAAAAAUGCCAAGCUUGCAUGUGGCAGGUUAGGACAAUACAGGAUGCCUUUUGCCUGGGCAGCAAGGCCUCUGUUUAAAGAUGCUUCAGGAGUGCUUGAUAAAGGAGCCCGCUUCUCAGCACUUUACAGACAGGAUGGAAACAAGCUGUCCAAUGAAGACAUGCUGAAACUGCUGGCUGACUUCAGAAAACCUGAGAAGAUGGCCAAACUCCCUGUAAUCCUAGGAAAUCUUGAUGUUACUAUUGACAACGUAGCCCCUGACUUGACAAAUUGCGUUACCUCAUCCUACAUUCCUGUGAAGCAGUUUGAUGUCAGUGAGAAGCCCACCAUUUUCUUUGAAGUGGAGGAGUUUGUUCCCUGUUUAGCCAAAUGUUCCCAGCCAUUCACCACCUACAGUAAUCACCUCUAUGUCUACCCAAAGUACCUCAAGUAUGAUGGGCAGAAGUCAUUUGCAAAGGCAAGGAAUAUAGCAGUGUGCAUUGAGUUCAGAGAUUCAGAUGAAGAGGAUGCUGUAUCACUAAAGUGCAUCUAUGGCCGACCUGGAGGACCUUUAUUUACCAAAAAUGCCUUCGCUGCCGUAUUGCAUCACCAGCAAAACCCAGAGUUCUAUGAUGAGUUUAAAAUUGAGCUUCCUACUCAGCUGCACGAGAAACACCACCUGCUCUUCACCUUUUACCACAUCAGCUGUGAGAGCAACAGCAAGGCCAGCACCAAAAAGAGGGAACUGAUCGAAACUCAAGUGGGUUACGCCUGGCUCCCAUUGUUGAAAGAUGGUCGUGUGAUCAUGAACGAAAGUCACAUCCCAGUAGCUGCUAACCUGCCCCCUGGAUACCUCAGCUGUCAGGAGGGUGCCAAGCACACAAAUUCAGAGGUCAAAUGGGUGGAUGGAGGCAAAUCACUAUUCCGGAUAUCUACUCACUUAGUUUCCACGGUCUACACUCAGGAUCAACAUUUGCACAAUUUCUUUCAUCACUGUCAGAGCCACAAAUCUGCAUCUCCAGUGUCAGGAGGACAAUUGGUCAAAUAUCUAAAGAGUCUACAUGCAAUGGAGGCUCAUGUAAUGAUCAAGUUCCUGCCCACUGUCUUGAAUCAGCUGUUCCGGGUGCUAACCACUGCAACCCAAGAAGAUGUGGCUGUCAAUGUCACCAGAGUCAUGAUUCACAUUGUUGCUCAGUGCCAUGAAGAAGGCUUGGAGCAUUACUUGAGAUCAUACGUGAAGUAUGUGUUCAAGACCGAGCCUUACACAUCAGCCAAUAGCAGAACAAUUCAUGAGGAACUGGCCAAAGCCAUGACCGCCAUCUUGAAGCCCUCCACUGAUUUCCUCACGAGUAACAAACUGCUCAAGUACUCCUGGUAUUUCUUUGAAGCGCUGGUCAAGUCCAUGGCUCAGUAUUUGAUUGAGAGUUGUAAGGUCAAGCUCUCCAGAAAUCAGCGUUUUUCUGCAUCCUUCCAUCACACGGUAGAGACUCUGGUCAAUAUGAUAAUGCCGCAUAUUACCCAGAAGUAUAAAGACAAUCUGGAUGCAGCCCGAAACGCCAACCUCAGCCUUGCAGUCUUCAUCAAGAGAUGCUUUAACCUAAUGGACAGAGGCUUCAUCUUCAAGCAGAUCAACAACUACAUGAACUGUUUUGUGCCUGGAGACCCAAAGACAUUGUUCGAAUUCAAGUUUGAGUUUCUACGUGUUGUGUGCAACCAUGAACACUAUGUGCCAUUGAACCUGCCUAUGCCAUUUGGAAAAGGAAGGAUACUGAGAUUUCAAGAUUUCCAACUGGAUUACUCUCUGACAGACGAUUUCUGUAAAAAUCACUUCCUGGCCGGACUGCUCCUCAGGGAAGUGUGUGCAGUGCUGCAGGAGCCUAGGGAGAUCCGUCAGAUCUCCAUCCAUGUGCUGAAGAACCUGAUGAUCAAGCACACAUUUGAUGACCGCUACACCUCCAAGAGCCAGCAAGCCAGACUGGUCACUUUGUACCUCCCCCUGUUUGGCCUGCUUCAGGAGAAUGUCAACAGGCUGAAUGUGAAAGAGGUUUCCCCCUGUACAAUUAACCAUUCCAACAAUAAUGGGAAAGAGGAGUCCCUCUUCACCAAUUCUUUGAUGACCCCUCCAAGAUCCAGCACUUUUUUGGACACCAGCUUGCACAAAGAUGUCUUUGGAGCUAUCUCUGCAGCUUCACCUCACACCUCAUCCACUCCAAACAUUAACCUGGUGCGAAAUGCAGAUUCCCGGGGCUCCCUCAUCAGCACCGACUCUGGGAACAGCCUGCCAGAGAAGAGCAAUGACAAGAGCAACUCCCUAGACAAGAACCAGCCUCUGUCCACGGUGGGAAACACACUCCUGAGAGGAGACAAGCUGGACCAGACAGAGAUCAAGAGUCUGCUCAUGUGCUUCCUGCAUGUGCUUAAAAGCAUGUCUGAAGAUGCUCUGUUCACUUAUUGGAACAAAGCCUCUUCUGCUGAACUGAUGGACUUCUUUACCUUGUUAGAAAUAUGCCUUCAUCAGUUCAGAUAUAUGGGGAAGCGAUACAUAGCAAGGAACCAGGAUGGGGCAGGACCUGUGGCACAUGAGCGGAAGUCUCAGACUUUGCCUGUGUCCCGUAACAGGGCAGGAAUGAUGCAUGCCCGUUUACAGCAGCUCAGCAGCCUGGAUAACUCAUUCACAUUUAACCACACUUACAGUCACUCGGAUGCAGAUGUGCUGAACCAGUCUCUCCUGGAGGCAAACAUCGCCGAGGUCUGCCUCACUGUUCUGGACACUCUCAGUAUCUUCAUCAUGGGAUUCAAGACACAGCUGUGCUCAGACCAUGGUCAUAGUCCACUCAUGAAGAAGGUUUUUGAAGUGCACCUCUGUUUUUUGAGGAUCAACCAGUCAGAAACUGCACUGAAGCAGGUCUUUACCUCACUGCGCACCUUCAUAUAUAAGUUUCCCUGCACAUUUUUUGAAGGCCGUGCCGACAUGUGUGCCUCAUUCUGCUAUGAAAUCCUGAAGUGUUGUAACUCCAAGCUGAGCUCCAUACGCAGUGAUGCAGCUCACCUGCUCUAUUUCCUCAUGAAGAGCAACUUUGACUACACUGGUCGCAAGUCUUUUGUUCGAACACACUUGCAGGUGGUGAUUGCUGUCAGUCAGUUGAUUGCCGAUGUCAUUGGAAUAGGAAGCACGAGGUUCCAACAGUCUUUGUCAAUAAUUAAUAACUGCGCCAACAGCGACAAAACCAUUAAGAAUACAGCCUUCCCAUCUGACGUGAAGGACUUGACGAAACGUAUCAGGACAGUUCUGAUGGCCACAGCACAGAUGAAAGAACAUGAGAGAGACCCAGAGAUGCUCGUGGAUCUGCAGUACAGUCUGGCCAAGUCUUAUGCCAGUACUCCAGAGCUACGCAAGACCUGGUUAGACAGCAUGGCUCGCAUCCAUGUGAAGAACGGAGACCUGUCAGAGGCAGCCAUGUGCUAUGUGCAUGUGGCAGCACUUGUAGCAGAAUACCUAGAGAGAAAAGGCAUGUUCAAACAGGGCUGUUCAGCGUUCCGGGUUGUAACUCCAAAUAUUGAUGAAGAAGCAGCCAUGAUGGAAGAUGUUGGGAUGCAAGAUGUCCACUUCAAUGAGGAUGUUCUGAUGGAGCUGUUGGAAGCGUGUGCAGAUGGACUGUGGAAAGCAGAACGCUAUGAGCUCAUUUCUGACAUCUACAAACUCAUCAUCCCUAUUUAUGAGAAGCGCAGGGACUUUGAGAAACUGGCCCACCUGUAUGACACACUACAUCGUGCCUACAGUAAAGUGACUGAGGUCAUGCACACUGGGAAGAGACUUCUGGGGACAUACUUCAGAGUGGCCUUUUUUGGUCAGGGUUUUUUUGAGGAUGAAGAUGGUAAGGAAUACAUCUACAAAGAACCCAAAUUCACUCCACUUUCUGAAAUAUCCCAAAGACUGCUGAAGUUGUACUCUGAAAAAUUUGGACAAGAAAAUGUGAAGAUGAUUCAAGAUUCUGGAAGGAUUAAUCCUAAAGACCUGGAUUCCAAGUAUGCAUACAUUCAGGUGACACAUGUAACACCAUACCUGGACGAGAAGGAGGUGGGCGACAGGAAGACAGACUUUGAAAAGAGUCAUAACAUCCGCAGAUUUGUGUUUGAGAUGCCCUUCACCAUCUCAGGCAAAAGGCAGGGGGGUGUGGAGGAACAAUGCAAACGUCGGACUAUACUAACCACCACACACUGCUUCCCUUAUGUGAAGAAGCGCAUUGCCAUCAUGUACCAGCACCACACUGACCUGAGCCCUAUUGAGGUGGCCAUAGACGAGAUGAGUAAAAAGGUGGCUGAGAUAAAGCAGCUCUGCUCCUCUAGUGAAGUGGACAUGAUCCGCUUACAGCUCAAACUCCAGGGCAGCAUCAGUGUCCAGGUGAAUGCAGGGCCGCUUGCAUAUGCCAGAGCUUUUCUAGACGAUUCCUGUGCCAAGAAAUAUCCAGAUAACAAGGUCAAGCAGCUCAAAGAGGUCUUCAGGCAUUUUGUGGAGGCUUGUGGUCAGGGUUUGGGCAUCAAUGAGCGAUUAAUUAAAGAGGACCAGCAGGAGUACCAUGACGAGAUGAAGGCCAACUAUAGGGACCUGGCCCGAGAAUUGUCCAUCAUCAUGCACGAGCAAAUCAGUCCAGUGGAAGAUGGCAUGAAGAGCCCCCUGCCAGAUUCACUGCACAUCUUUAAUGCCAUCAGUGGCACCCCGACCAGUGCCACCAUCCAGGGCAUCCCCAGUUCCUCCUCUGUGGCGUGACCCCGGACCACUACCAUUGGGCCAGCAAGGCUAGGUUUGCUCUGCUAGUCAAAACAGAGAUAUGUCAAUCAUGGGAGUCCUAGAAAACCACUGGCGCUAAGCAAACUGUGGUGCAGACUGAGAAGCGCAUGGCAGUAAAUGAGAGUGCUACACAGGAAACAGACCUCAGGGUCAGAUAUGAAGAGUGGCUGGACUUUGCCUCCACAUUGUGUCUGCAGUCGCUCAUUCAACUAUGCAUGUCAUCACAUCCAAUUUGUGUUUUCUAUGUUGACAUUUUUUGUUGUAUAUGUACAGUAUUCUUUUUUAAGCCUGUUUAUGGACAGUUAUUUGCCCUCUGUUCUUUUAUGUGUUUUUAUGUUUUUUUAAUCACAGUAAGUCUUAGAACAGAGAGAGUUGUGUAAUACAGUAUAUGUUUAAAGCCAUGGCAUACCAGAAGUAUAAUGUUUAUUUAUGUACAUACAAAGGACUUUGUGCAAUAUUUGCAAAAAGAAAAAUGUGCUGGGGCCCAUACACUGUAAAAGUAAAAACAUUCACCUUCACGCCAAAGCAAUGAAGUGUGAAUCCAGACAGUACACCCACUGCAGAAGUACUAUGAAGCUUUUACCAUUUUAAUGUUAAUUUAAUUGUUUAUACAUUGUUUUAUAUUUUGGGGCAUAAUGUCUUUUUUAUCUUUUUAUUUAUCUGAAAUGUCAACAUUCUGCUGUAAACAGAAAUGUUCCCUGUAGCUUUUUUUGUUUAAAUAAAAUACACAAACAUAAA